UGUAUCUGCUGCACGCAGAGGCAAUGAAAUUAUAGUUAGUGGUAGUGAUGAUGGAACUAUUAAGAUAUGGGACCUUCGUCAAAAGGACGCAGUAGAUACAUUUAGUCACCAGUACCAAAUAACUGCGACAUGUUUUAGUGAGGCGGGUGAUUUGGUAUUUUCUGGCAGCUUAGAUAAUGAUAUUAAUGCAUGGGAUUUACGAAAAAAAAGCGUCAUUUAUACUCUCAAAGGGCAUCAAGAUACUAUUUCUGGUUUAAAGUUGAGCCCUGAUGGAUCGUAUCUUUUGUCGGAUGGCAUGGAUGAUACUGUCCGAAUUUGGGAUGUGAAACCUUUUGCACCUGCGAAUCGUCUACUCAAGAUAUUUGAAGGGGCACCUCACGGAUUUGAAAAGAAUCUCAUCAAGCCUGCAUGGUCACCCGAUGGAUCACAAAUUGCUACUGGAAGUAGUGAUAGGUCUGUUGUAAUUUGGGAAGUCGCUUCCUGUAGAAUUCUCUACAAACUACCUGGCCAUAAAGGUUCCGUCAAUGAAGUAGACUUUCAUCCUAAAGAACCAAUUAGUAAGUUAUAA